AUGCAUGUCAUUGCGUAUUAUACUCGAAAAUAUAGUCGAACAACAAGUUUUCGUUCAAACAAUCAGAUAGAUAAUUCUUCACCAAGUAACCGACUUGAUAUUCCUGCUUGUGAUCAGUUGCCGAAAUCAGCAGCUGUCGUUGCUGUUACAUCUUCACCCGUAGAUACAACAGACGGUACACAUCGUCAUCAACAUCAUGUCAUUUCCUCCUGUGACACAUCGAAUACUUCUAAUCAACAUAUAUCAAUUGUUCCAAUUUCAUCUAUUAAUCUAAACACAACUAAACACAAAUCGGCUGUUCCCAUCAAUCGUACUAGUCAAUGUGAUGAUCGUACGCCACUAUUAACAUCAGAACUUUCGUCAACUAUUAAGGGUUCAUUAAAACCUUCGUCUCGAAAAUAUUCUUUCAAUGCUCUUUUACCACUCAUACACCCUUCAAAUUCACAUCCGCUUUGUUCUUACUUGACGUCUACGACAAAUGCCAACGGCACCCAGAGUAGUAAUGGUAACGAUAUCGAUUUAAAAGCUCGCCAUCGAACGUCAAUUUCAUCUGCAUUGCGUCGGAGUUCAUUCGCUAAACAACCACGUGCAUUUUGUUCAACUAUUGAUUCACCACGUGCGAAUUCAUUAUCGAAAACUCAGAACAAUUCCGAUAGUAGCGAUCAAAUAUCAUUAUUAAAUAAUAGUUCAUCGGAAAAUCAGAAUAAUUCUCGUAAAUCUUCAAGUAUAACGCCACCAUAUCAAAAAGAAUACAUGCAAAGAAUUGAACGUUUUCGCUUCAUUGAUGAUAGUGCUUCAAGUACGGCAACAGUAACAUCACCUGUGGAGAGUCUUGAACAUGUGAAUACACGUCCAACGUCAUGCAGUCAUUUAAUAACGAAUACUAUUGAACAAUUCGAUGAUUAUGUUCGCACAAGAUAUAAUAAUAUGGAUGGCAAUGAUGAUGAUGAUGAUUCGUUAAUCGAUCGUUUAAAUUCAAAUCUCCUAAACGAUAGUUCUUAUUCGGAUUUAAAUAUUCUAAAUAAUAAUAAUCACAAUCCAUCACCGAAACCAAUCUUACGUCCACAAACAUUCAAACCGGUGAAUAAUAAACCGUUCGCAGCAACAAUUUUAUCUGGUUCUCAACAACAUAAAUAUCAUCAAUCAACACCGAUUAGCAUUCCUCAUUCAAUGACAUCUUUGCCGCUAUCUAAACAACGAAAUCAAAUGGAAACCAAUGGAUAUUCACGUUCGAUGGAUUUUCAAUCUCUAACAAAUAAACGUGACCCUAUUCGACCUCUAUCAAUGAUUUCAACUGUACACGAAACGCCAUCGUCAUCAUCCUCAACUACACUUACAUCGCUUCGUAGUGCAACUAGUUUAGAAUUUGAUGAUAAUACAAAGCCGUCCGGUGUUCUUGUUGACGAUGAUUUUCUACCGAUGUCAUCACCUGUUGAUGAACAUUUCUGGGAUAUGAAUAUAAAAAGUUUCAAUGAAUUGAAUGCGAACAAUAAUAAAUGUUUUCCCGAUGUUGGCUCUUCACCCGAUAUGGAAAUAAAACAUUUCGCUUUAAAAUCAUUUCAUACAUUAUCCGAAACAUCAUGCGACGAAGACGAUGAUAGUACAACAUCAAUAGAUCAACCGGAAACAUUCACUAUACAAGAAUGUAAACUAGAUGAAUUAAAACAAUCUAUUGUGUUAACGACAAAAACUUCACCAGCCGAAGGCAAUGUCGAUCAAUCGUCAUCGACUCCGUCCAUUGAUUCAACAGAACAACGCAGUAAUAAUACAACGCUAACAACUUCUCAUCAAUCAAACGAUGAAUCAUUAUUAGAAAAAUUUUCAUUACCCGCACAAACAUCAAUAGGGUUAGAUUUUGUUUGUGAUUCGAUUUUAUCAUCGAAUCAACAUUCUCAAGCGACAUCCGAAGACGAUGAUACACAAGAUAGUUCAAUCCAUGAUGCAUCUGAAGGUGAUGACAGUGCUGAUAAUGGGGAAAUCGAUCUUGUACAAGAAUUCGAAUUAUCGCAAAGAGAUACACAAACCAAAACUAACAAUUUAUGGACAACAAACGAUCCCGACGUAUAUAUCAUACAAGAUGGUGAUCUACUUUCAGCUCUUGUAACAACACCGACAACAACUAUGAGUCGAACUCCACCGGCUUCAAUUAUGAAAAUAACAAAUAAUAAAUCAUUUGAAACUAUCGAUGAACAACAAACAUUAAAACCCAAAGUACGUUUUAACCUUGAUCCACAGUACGAACGUGAACGUGAAUGGAAUAAAGUGAAUAAACUACUUGGCAAUAGUGUUGAAUGGACUGAUGAAUUUGAAGUAUAA